AUGUCGCUGCAAGAGCGACUGAACAAGUUCAAGCAACAGCAGGAGAAAUGCCAGUCUAUACUCACCGAUACCAUCUCCCGAGCGUCGUCUUCCAGCAGGACGUCGGCGGCGCCGCACAGGGCCGCGCCGUCGCCCGCCGUUCCGGUGGCGCCGGUGAAAUUCUCCAGCGACACGGAGCGGCUUCAGCACAUCAACGGGAUCCGGAAGUCCCCCGCCGGCGCGCAGAUCAAGCGCGUGAUCGACUUGCUCUUGCAGGUACGGCUGUCGUCGCCGGGAGUCCGGUAGGAAAUGGAACGGAGUUUUUUCUCGGUGUGGUGUUCGAAUGAUCGUCGUCUUGGCGACGAGCUUGCGUCAGUAAUGGUUGCGCUGUUUUGGGAGAUCUCAAUUUCCGUUACGGCUGUCGAACAGCGAUGCCAGGGAUUAGAGGAUGUCCCGAGAUCCCCGCAAGAGGAGGAUUCAAGAGAAUAAGGGCUUGGAUUUGAGACAUGGAAGAGAUAAUAGGGGAAGUGGAACCGGCGGAUCCCGUAGCGUUUGCCAUGUGAUUUAUUGACGAUUUCCUUCCCUCAUCCCCGGAAAAAGGAUUGGAGGAGAAGAUAUGGUCCACGAUGUCGUCGGUCUUGGAUUUUUGGUGGAUGGGAUCCAUAGCAAGAAAAUCUGCCCAUUUCCUGGUGCUCUGUUCUUCCGAUUGGACUGUGAUUUAGCUUUAAUUGUUCCUCAAAACUCUUUCGGACAUGGAGGCAAAUUGCACUUUUCAGGAUGGGUUAUCGCAUGUCCGUCUGUAAAUGUGUUUCCUGGGAAAAAAGAUGAGAACAAUUGUAAACCCCGGCCAGUCACUGCAUUGAUCGGUCAGCUCAUAGUUCUGCAGCUAAAAAAUCCGUGCAUCCAUUAUUUCGCAGGUGAUUAUGGUCCUCUUCAUCUAUGCGCAUAGGCCAAUAGUUUACACGGGUUUUGGUCUUGGACUAGAAGACGCAUGCUGAACCUGGUGAGACCUGAGAGCAAGGAAUCGAAAUGAAGAAAGAAAAAAAGAAAGGUCACUCUGGUGUUUAGCCAUGGAGAUUAUUAGAGUACACUUGUUGGAUUUUGACUUGCAGAGGUUUAAAUUACCAUAGUUGGGUGGAAAUCAGUGAUCUCCAAGGCGUGGCAGAGUGCAUCAUCUGGGCAUGAAUGCAACUUACCUUUCAAGCUUUCGAAUAUUUUAUAUCUGUUCUGGGCUUUUGUGGAAACCCUCUCCUGGGGACUGCGAUUUUCCCUGUUAAAACCAUAUUGUUUUAUGCGUGGAUACAUCUGAGCUGACUUUGUUAUGGGUCAGUUGUCUUGAUCUUCAUUAUGUUGCAUGCACUUGCUCAUCCGCGGAUUCUCUUUUCCAGACAAGACAGGCUUUCACGCCUGAGCAGAUAAAUGAAGCCUGCUAUGUCGACGUGAUCGCCAACAAGACCGUCUUUGAAAGCUUGAAGAACAACCAUAAAGUUAGCUACGACGGUCAUCGCUUCUCUUACAAGGUAUCUUCCAUUGGAUGAAAUUGGAAAAGGAAAAGAAAAAAUGCACCGAGACAGAUUAUUUUGGUUCAUAAGCUGAGCAUUUUCUUGCGGAGGAACUGUUCAAGUUGUAUGUAUCCGUCUUAAUAAUUUUUAUUUUCUUAGUCUGCUAGUUGAGCCUACCUCUUUCCUGAAUAUUGCAUGCAUGCCCGUGGUUGACUUUCCGGCCCUGCCUGCAUGGCAGCCAUUAAGGAGUUGACUUUACUUACGGUCAUUUCUAUAAGGAAAUUCGGUGUGAAUGUUUUGUAUGUCACAGCAACCUUGGUCUAAUCUAGUCGUGUCCAUGUUGUCUAAGAGAGAGAGAGAGAGAGACUGAUAACAUUAAUUCUAUCUGCAGUCGAAGCACAACCUGAAGAACAAGAGCGAACUCCUCGACUUCGUUCGGAAGUUUCCAGAGGGCAUCGCGGUCAUCGACCUCAAGGACUCCUACCCGACUGUCAUGGAUGACUUACAGGUCUCUGCCUUCGCCAUUGUUUCUUUCUUUGCUCAUUCCAUUCUGGAGUUUUUAAUUCCUAUCAGCAGGAAUUUGUCACCCAUCUCCCCAUUUCAUUGGUCGUGAAUCAAAUCAACCCCCAAUCUUCUUCUCGGAGAUAAAACCAUUCAUGGGCAAUAUAUAUGAUCGCCAAGUAGCUUCAGAUCCCUGGAUUCAUUCCAAACCCUGAAAAAGGAAGAGGAAUAGGAAGAAGAACGUGAACAUGAACAGGAACAUGUCUUGUUUGGUGAUAUUAUCAUGUAUGAUGGAUUGCAGAGGCUGAAGGGGGAGGGGGAGGUGUGGCUGCUGUCGAAUCUGGACUCGCAGGAAGACACGGUGUAUCCGAACGACCCGAGAGCUGGGGUGAUAAAGGUGGACGAGGAUCUGAAGCAGCUGUUUAGGGGGGUGGAGCUACCGAGGGACAUGGUGGACAUCGAGAGGGAGCUGCAGAAGAACGGGAUGAGGCCGGCCACGAACACGGCGCGGCGCCGGGCCAUGGCGCAGGUCCACGGGCUCGCCAACCACGCGGGAAAGGCCAAGCCGAAGAAGAAGCAGCGGGAGCUCAGCAAGCGCACCAAGCUCACCAACGCCCACCUCCCCGAGCUCUUCCGCAACCUCAACGUCCCCCCCGACAUCCCGUGA